AUGCUACGUAAUAAUAGACCAGUCCAAUCAUGGGCCAAAAGAAUGAUACACACAGCCCCAAGGCUCAAAUUACAAGACCAAUACACUACACAAGGUAUACCUGGAUUACUUUCACCAAAUGGGUUUAAAUUAGCAUGGAUAGAUCAACAAAAUUAUCUAACUACAAAAUUAACAUUAUUAACAAAUGGUACAAGUGAUGAAACUCGUUAUCCUUUCCAUAUUGCUAUAAAUUCAGCAAGGGACCAGACAAAACAACCAAUUUUCAAUGUUGCUUCACAAUGUCAUAAUAAUCAUUUUUUUUUCGAACAAUUAACAUCACCUUUAACAAAUACAACUUCACCAUCAAGGGAUUUGGAAAGUCGUAUAAUUGAUAGGUUUGGAUCUUUAGAUGGGUUGAAGAAACAAUUUAUUGAAGAGAGUGAAAAAAUUAUUGGACAAGGUUGGGUUUUCUUGGUGGAGACUGAAUCUAAAAGUUUAGAAAUUUUAAUUGUUAAUAAUAGUGGUACUCCAUAUAAUUUCAGUGGUAAUUUAAGUUUGGAUUUGAAUGGACCUAUUAAUUCAGAUGAAUUUGAAGCUUGGGAAGCUAUUAAAGAACAUACUUUGAAUAAGACAACUGAUUGGACCAUCCCAUUAUUAGGUGUUAGUUUAUGGGAUCAUGCUUAUGUACUUGAUUAUGGUGUUGGACAAAGAGCAAAAUAUGUUGGGGAUGCCCUGGAUGCUAUUAAUUGGGAGGUUGUUAAUAAGAGAGUAUAUGUGUGA